CGAGUCGCCCAUCGCACCCCACGCCGCGGCCUGGCCCCCGCUCUCGCGCCCUUCCGGGCCAGCUCAUCUGCUGCGGCUCAGCGUCCGCGUGUCGGCGCGCCGGCGGCCAUGGCCAGUCCGCCGUCGCUCGUGACGCCGCGGCGCUCGCCGCAGCGCUCCCUCACCGCCCUCACCGCCACGUCCGACCCACGCGCGCCGCACAGCGAUGCCGGCGGCAGCAGCAGCGCCGGCUAUCUGCCGCAGCGCACCAGUCUCUCGAGCCUCGAUGCCCUUCAGACGGCCCGCCCUGCCGCGGCGCCGCCGUCGCAGGGACGCUCGGCCCUGACGCACACACAGCAGCACGGCGCGCCCACGCGCGAGGCCACGCCCGAGGAGGAGGAGCGCAACUCGACAACGUUCUAUCGCAGCUGCCAAAUCAGCCUCAUGGAGCCCGUCGGCAGCAUGAGCAUCAGUCCGGGUGAGUGCGGCAGCCGAGCGUGGGCAGCGCCAUGCCCGGCGCUCUGGACUCUGAUGCCUGCCCGGCAGCGAACCGCGACGUGGUGCUGGCGGCGCGCAAGGGCCUCUUCAUCGUCGACCUGGAGAAUCCGUACGACACGCCGCGCUUCCUGGCGCACUCGAGCCGCUGGGAGGUGGCCGACUGCCAGUGGAACCCGCACCCGGCGCGCGCGCACUGGGUCGCGAGCACGUCGAACCAGAAGCUGCUCGUCUGGAACUUGGACCGCCCCGAGUCGCAGCUGCAUCCGCCGGCGGCAGCGCAGCCCGUGCAUCUUCCCUCUGCUGCCUCUCUGCGCGGCAUGUCAGGCGCCACGGCCGCCAGCAUGCCCUCGUUGCCGUCGUAUCGGCAGCCUGCGACGGCAGCGGCGGCGCCGCGCAUCUCGCGCUCGUCGGCGGUGGAGCAUGUGCUGCAUGCACAUGGCCGCGGCAUCACGGACAUCAAUUGGUCGCCCUUCCACCCCGACGUGCUGGCGUCGUGCGGCAUUGACAGCUGGACGUGGGCGUGGGACAUGCGCGAUCCGGGCCGCCCAAAGCAGGGCUACAGCGCGUGGAACGCGGCGGCGACGCAGGUCAAGUGGAACCGAGCGUCGCCGCAUCGCCUCGCUACCUCGUGCGACAACAAGGUGCUCAUCUGGGACGACCGCAAGGGCGCGUUGCCGCUGGCGACGAUCGAGGCGCACGAGUCCAAGAUCUAUGGCAUCGACUGGUCGCGCGACACGUCGCUGGGGCUGGAUCGGCUCAUCACCUGCUCGCUCGACGGCUCGGUCAAGUACUGGGACCUGGCGAGUCCUGCAGCACAGCGAGCCGUCGGACAUCGCGAGCUCGUGACGGAGCCGGAGGCGGUCAUUGAGACGCCUACGCCUGUCUGGCGAGCCCGGCAUCUGCCCUUUGGCAGCGGCAUCAUGACGCUGCCGCAGCGAGGCGACACGUCGCUCAGCAUGUGGUCCAAGGAGCGGCCCGAUGCGCCCGUCGAGCGCUUCGUGGGACAUCGCGACAUCGUCAAGGAGUACCUCUUCCGCACGCGCGGCGGCAACAACCGCGACAACGACGACCGCGAGUGGCAGCUGCUGACGUGGAGCAAGGACCAGACGCUGCGGCUCUGGCCCGUCAGCGAAGAGGCCACGAGAGCAGUCGGACACAAGCCGGGCGGCCGCAUCAACGUGCUCCACACGCGCGCCAACGCUCGCGACAUCUCGUUCCGCAACCCUCCGUCCGAUGCGCAAGCACACACGCGCAUGGAGUCGGCCGAUCAGACGCCAGCGACAGCAUCGUCGAUUCUGCCGCCCACCGACGCCACCUGGUCGCUGCUGAGCGGCCGAGGCAGCGGCACACGUCUGAGCGGCACGUCGCCGUACGGCUCGUCUGCGAUGGGCGGCGCCGGCGGCAAUGGCAGUCCUAGCGGGCCGCUCAGCUCCAGCCUGGGCCACACCGCGGCGGCCAGCUUCAGCAAGCAUGCCCGCAGCUUCUCCGACCUCGCCGGCGCAGAGGGCAACUGGCAGCUGCCGCUCUCGCGCUCCGCCGGCGCCCAGGCUCCGGGCAGCAGUCUGGCGGCACCCGUGCCGGCCACUCGCACACUGCGCCACAGCAGCUCGUACCAGCGCCCCGCCGUGGGCUCGGCGACGAUGUCUGCCGGCUCGCAUGUGCUGGGCCAGUCGCAGCGCAGCUCGCUGCAUCGCAUGGACACCAACGAGCGCCAGCGCGAGGCGCUGCGGCGCAAGCAGGGCAAAGAGCCGGAGCGCGAGCGCGACAAGGAGCGCCGGCAGCGGCGCCGCGAGCAGGGACGGCAUAGGCAGCAGCAGGAAGAGCACGCUGCGGCCGCCUCGGCGGGCUUCAUGACGCGCGGCGCCGGCGGACAGGCAGAACAGUGGGGCAUGGGCUCUGCGCGCAUGCGCCCAAAGCGAGGCGCUGGCUUUGACGCCGUAGGCUGGAUCUCGGGCAUCCGCAUGCAGCCCGAGACGCGGCGGCCGCGCAGGACGGAGCGAGAGGAGGGCAAUGGCUCGUCGUCGGCGCGAGGCAUGUCGGGCUCGCGCGCCACGCUCACCGGCAAUGCCGAGGCGCAGCUCUCCGAGAGCGAGGCGGGCGCCACGACGGACCAUGAGCUUGAUGCGCCCGAUGCGGCGCAGACACUCGGCGAAGAGGUCAUGGCGAUCAGCAAGUACCUCAGUCGCGUGACCUUUGAGCGGAUCGAGAUCGCACAGCGCACUUGCACUUGCAGUCUGUACGGGCCGUGGGGCAUCGAGCGGGGCAUGCCUGCGUUUCUGCGCGUCACAUUCGUCUAUCCCUCGGCCUACCCCGCCAAGGCGCCGCGCUUCGAGCUGGAGCACAACGCCUCGGUGCCGCUCAAGACGCGAGCCUUCCUGCUGCGCAACCUGUCGGCCAUCCUCGGCACGCACGCGCGGCAGCAGGUGGCGCAUGCGAUGGAGGAGGAGCUCGAGUCGCUGGCGGGCACGGCGAGCGUCAGCGAGGCGGCCACGGCGCCGCUGUACACGGGCGUGCCGAGCAUGGAGGCGUGCCUGCGCUUCUUGCUCGGCGAGUCGCUGGCGGCGGAUACGGUGCCAGGCACGCCGGGAGUCGCUCCGCCGCUUGUCAAUGACACGGAGGACGAGUCGGAGGAUGAGGAGGCGGUGCUGCAGCUGCGCCUGCCGCCACAGACAUGCGGCGCCUCCUUUGGGCCCAACGGCGAGCUCGUCACGUUCUCCUCACACCACAUCUCGCCGCGCCUCGUGGGCAGCGUGCCUCUGGCGGCACUGGCCGGCUCGACGACGGGCAGUGUGCUCGGCUCCGUCACCGACGCCAGUGCGGCCGGCGCCGCCGACGGCGCGCGCUUCCUGCACUCCUACGGCGCCCUCUCGAGCGCCAUGGCGAGCCUGGCGCGCCUGGCGACACACGAUGGCGCCGACGGCGUUGGCGAUCUCGACGUGGUGCAGCUCAUCAACUCGGAGUUUCUGCGUCGUCGCCUGCAAAGGUCCGAGAGCAAGAGCCGCAGCUCCAAGGGGCGCAGCCGCAGCAAGAUGCGCGCCAACAUGGGCCUGCUCGACUCGGGCAGCGUGCAGCCGCGGCGCUCGCGCUCCACGAGUCCCUUUCCGCGCUCGAUGCCCGCGCUGGGCAGUGGUGGCAUGAUGCGACCUUCGACGAGCGCUCGCAUCUCGCCGCACACACGAGCUCCUCCAGGCAGCAACGGCAGCGCAGGAGGCUGCACGGUGCGCAUCUACGACCUGCGGCAGCUCGAGCCGAUGCGUCCCAUGCUGCUCGGCUCGCCGCACGUGCCGCGCCGCCGCUCCAACUUGCUGCCCGGCUCGCCCACGACGACGCCGACCAACGAGCGGCGCGACCCGCUCGCCUCGGUGCUGCUGAUGCGCGGCGCCUCGAGCAGCAGCCAUGCCAGCAACGGCAGCAGAGCAGCAGCAGUGCGCCCCGCCUCGCCGCGCUCGACGACGAUCCGCGCGCCGGCGCCCCUGCCGCGCCCGUCGUCGUCGCUGCAGCGCGCGGCGGCCGCCGAGCUCAUGAAGCCUUCCUCCGAUCCCUCUGCAUAGAACUUGCCCCCACCCCAUCACUGCUGCCUGCUCCUCCCAUGCCGCUCUCCCGUGCUGCUCUCACAUACCAAUUCGCAUAUCGCACCCGCUGCUGCGCGCAGCACAGCUCCAGGAC